AAUAAUGUUAAGCUGGAAUGAAUUUUAUUCGUCUCGUGCAAGCUGUACAGAAAAGAUCUAACACGCGCUGAAAAAACGAUUUUAAAUUUUUGUGAUUUUUAAUUUAAUAAAUUUUAUGUAAUUUUUUUGGACAUUUCACAACUGGAUAUAGGAGGAAUAUAAUGAAAAAAGAAAUAUCCAAGUCUUCUGCGACAAAUAAUUGGCUUCAUCAGACACAACUGACACAUAAUUAUCUCUGUAUCUUAUUCUCAAAAUCUACGGAACAUUUCAACUAUUUAUUUUAAAUAAUUUGACAAGUGUGAGUUCUAGUCAAACAGAUUUAUAGUGCAAAAAAGAACUAACAUCUAUUAAUAGACAUAAAUAAGUGAGAAAGAGAGAAACUGCCACAAUACCUAUUUUUAUAAUUAAAGAAAUUUGAAAACAAGAUUAAAAAGAAGGCAUAUUUGUGAUACAGAGUGCUUGUGUAUAGCCAUAUAAUAAAUAUAUUAAGUGUACUGAUUACCAAAAAAAAAAGUUUGAAAAAUAUAAAGUGAAAUAAAAAAUGAUGAACUCCAUGAGUUUUGCAAAACAAACGAGAGGAUUGCUCGGGAUCAUUAUAACUGGCACGUACCGCAAUAAUUUGCGUGCAAUCGGCAGUAAUAAGUUUUUCUCAUCGACGACAACUGGCUCUACUUCUACGACUACAAAUGCAUCUAAGGAGAAUGAACCGAUCAAAAAGUCAGUCUUUAUCUCUCAAUCGUAUGAUAUUUUCACCAAUUUGGCCAUAGAAGAUUGGAUUUAUCGUAAUUAUGAUCUUUCAAGUCAUCACAUUUUAAUGCUCUGGGUCAAUAAUCCAUGUGUCGUUGUCGGAAGACAUCAAAAUCCGUUCAGUGAAUCAAACGAGAAAGCAUUGAAAGCAGCUGGCAUUGAAUUGGCAAGAAGAAAUAGUGGUGGAGGAACUGUUUAUCAUGAUCGCAAUAAUCUUAACUGCACUUUCUUUACGCCUCGCAAUCGAUACGACCGAAAAUAUAAUUUGAAUCUAAUUUCGAGAGGCAUUUAUCGUGAAUAUGGCAUUGAUACUGAGAUAUCGGAACGCGAUGAUAUCUUACUUCAUGGAAAAAAAAUAUCCGGAACAGCAGCAAAGCUAGGUCGUCCAAAUGCUUAUCAUCAUUGUACAUUGCUCGUUGACUGUAACAAAGAUCAUUUGAGAGGUGCACUGAAGAGGACUGGAAAGGAAGAAAUAAUAAGUAAAGCGACUGCAUCAGUACCCUCUCCAAUUAAGAAUUUAGCUGACGUAAAUAAGAAUGUGAAUGUACAGUCGUUAUUAACAGCAAUUGGGUAUGAAUUUCUUCGUACAACGCCCGAUAAGCUAUUUGAUGGUGGUCGUGAGUAUGUAAUGCAACAAAGAGGCUUUCAGUUGAUUAAUCCGACUGAAAAGUGGUUCCCUGGAUUAAAUGAAUUGCGUGAAAAUUUUGCAUCAUGGGAUUGGAUCUAUGGAAAGACACCAAAGUUUGCUGUUGAGACAAAAAUUGAAUUUAAAUCAGGAAUCGAGUGUCAUAACAUGAAAGUUGUUGUGGAUGUUGAAAAGGGUUUGAUCCAAAAAAUUGACCUCAACUUUAAGGGUGAAGUCAUGCCAAUCGUAUCAAGCUUAAUCGGUCAGGCAUACAAUGAGAAUAAUCUCGAGAAGAUAACAAGCGCUCUUAAAAAUGUUUCAACUGAGAAUGUAAAGAAUGUGUUUGAAGCUAAGAAUGGACUAUGACUAGUGCUGAAUCAUGAAUGAUUGAAAUGAUUAUAAAAUUACCAAUAAAUAUAUUUAAUGUAUUAACAUGUACUAUAUACCAGAAAUCUUUAACAAUUGUGGAUAUAUCUAU